AUGGUGGCGACGUACGGCAGUGGGAGCGGCGGCUACUUCCCGCACUACAAGCUGCACGUGACGUCUGCCGGCGCGCCGCUGCCCCAGCAGUGGAUGCCCGGCACGCGCGCCCCGCUGCCCGGCCGCCCACCCGCGUUCGCACCGGGCGUGGUAACCUCAGGGGCACGGGGCAAAUCUCAGCAGUUCAACGGCGGGGCGCUUGGCGCAGCGCUGCAGGAGCAGCGGGUGCACGCGGCGGCCACGGCGGCGCUGAUGUGGCAAGCUGUGGGCGCGAUGUGGCUGCAGCUGGCCGGCGCGUGGCCGGGGUGGUGCGCCGCGGCAAAAGAGCUGUCCUCACAGGCAGCAGCGGAGCUGCCAGCCCUGGCCGCAGCCGCAACAGAGGGCCUCGCCCACGCGCGCGACGGCGCCGUCGCGGCGGCCUCGAGCGGCGAGGCACGCGCUGCGGCGCUCGCUGCGGCGGGUGCGGCGGUUGUGCGGCUGGGGCGCGCCGUCGGGCUGCAGGACGCGGCAGCUGCCCUGAACGCGCCCGAGCUGAUGCGAAUUGGGGCCCAGAGGCUGUCCCACGCCCGCGGCCUGCCGCCGCUGGUGUCGCGCGCUGGGCGCGCCGCGCUUCUGUCGCUCGCACUGCUGCAAGGCAGGGCGGACGGCGGCGCGGCGCGCGCGGCGCUGCGCCAGUCUGCAUUCUUGGGGGCGCUGGUCGGCCAGGUGCCGUUUGUGCGCUCCCUUGUGGCGGGCCAGGGGGAGAAGAGGCAUCAGGGCGAGUGGGACUGGCUGCAGGGGGCGGGCCUGGAAGUGGGCGGCGGCUCACAGCAGCAAAAGAGGCAGCAGCAGCAGGAGGGGGUUAGCGACGCACGCGCCGCGACGAGCGAGCCCAGGCGGCGCCAGAAGGGCGCUGAGCGGUGGGCGCCGACGCCGAUUGCCGAGGUCGCUGCGUGGCCCGGGCGGCGCAUGCACGUGAAGGAGGCGGCACGCGCGGCGGCCGCCCAGGCGGCCGGUGCGUCCGCGGCGGCGCGCAGCACAUACUGGGAGGUGCAGCGCGCGGUGAUGGAGCCGGUGCAGCAGACGACCGCGUUUGUGGCGGCGCACCGGACGGAGGCCACCGUGGUCGGCGGCGCCGCAGCGCUGCUGCUGGCGGCUGGCGCGCUGCGGCGCUGGGCAGAGUACAGCGCCCAGAGCGCGGAGGAGCGCGUGAUGCGCCAGCUGGAGCUGCAGCGCCGCGCGGAGGAGCUGGCGAGUGUGCGCAGCCGCAUCCGCGGAGCCCUGGACACCUCUGAGACGGACCGCGAGGCCCGCCACAGCCGCCUCGCCAUCGCCCAGGCAGACGCCGACGGCGGCGGUAGCAGCGGCAUCCCCAGCGGCGCACUGCUGCCAGAGCUUGCUGUGGUGCCGCCGACGCCGGCGUUCCCGCCCGCCGCGCAGCGAAGCGCAGUGGUGCGCUGGCCAAGCGGCGGCGGCCGCGGCGGCGGCGCCACGGGGUCUGAGGAGGAGGCCGUGCGGCGGUUCCGCGCGUUUGUGCGUGCCAGCGGCAUGGGGGAGAUGAUGGCGGCGGGGGACGGGUCGGUGUGGGAGCCGACCCGCAACGACGGCCCGCAGAGUGUGGUUGGGGUCGGCUUCCCUGAGAGCGCCUCGGCCGUCGGCCGUCGCGUUGAGUGA